AUUGAUGAUCACUUAUACUCAGUAAAACGAUGGGUUGGUUAAGACUGGCAGUGAUUUUCUGCUCUUUUGUCUAUGUUUGUUCUCUGGACAGUCAGAGUCACCUAAAGAUCUCUAAUAAUGGAUAUCAGCUACUGGUGGUAGCCAUUCACAACAACGUGCCCGACAAUCCGGCUCUGCUAGAAAAAAUUAAGACAACUUUAACAAAGGCAUCUAAAGUUCUAUAUUCUGCAACAAGAAAGAGGGCAUACUUCCAGAAGGUAUUCUUCUUGUUACCCAGUUCCUGGUCCAACCGUCCACAGUACAAGCCGGCCACGUCCGUCAAAAUAACCGGAGCAGACAUAAUAUUCUCAGCUCCCAGAAGCGCCACUAGAAGGAGUUUUUCUCACACGAAAACUUACGCGGGCUGUGGCCAUAAGGGAAUUCACUCUCAACUGCUGACUGAUGUUCUGAGUAACAGUCACCCACUAGCGCAGUCCUCUCCAGAGAAAUACAUAAUCCACGAAUUCGCCAAACUACGAUAUGGCGUGUUCGAUGAGUAUCCAAGUCCUGGAGAAAAUGAAUUUUACUUUUCGACCACAUUUGGUAGACUCGAUCCCAUUCGGUGCACCGUUGGACUUCGCGGAAUAAUUCGAGGUCCGAGUGGAUACUGUCUUUUCACCUCCAUUGAUCCGGAAACUGGCGAAUUUCCAGCGGGUUCAACAAGACAUCGAGCAUUCUUCAGAAAGGUGUUUAUAUUGAUUCCCAGUUCCUGGUCCAGUCGUCUGGCAGAUAAAGAUUCCACCGCCGUCACUCUCGUCGGCGCGGACAUCAUUCUAUCCGAUCCCUCCUCAGUGACCCGCGGGGGUCAACCUCACACCAGGAGUUACGCUGGCUGUGGCGACAGGGGCAUACACAUUCAAAUGAGAACGGAUGUUUUAUUCAAUAACAGCCACCCGCUAAUCCUUAACAAACCAGAGAAAUACUUGGUCCACGAAUUCGCCAAAUACUGGUACGGAGUUUUCGAGGAGUACCCUAACCUCGGAGAGAACCAGUUUUAUUUCUCUACCACGUAUGGGAGAUCUGAUCCUGUCCGAUGUACGACCGGACUGAUCGGAAGAAUAGUCAAAAAGACAUCCACUGGGAUGUCGCUGUGUACUUAUGAUCUCGUGGAUCAAGAAACUGGGGAAUUCCCCGAGGGGUGUGUCUACUAUCCAUAUCCCUAUAACAACCGGGGUACCGCGUCCUUGAUGGACUAUUCUUAUAUUAAGGAGAUAAAAGAUUUUUGCGAUGACGACCACACCCCAGGGCAUUUCAGCCACAAUGUGGAGCCACCAAACCGCCACAACAGACUCUGUAGCCACCGCAGCACGUGGGAUGUCAUCAGCAAAACACCUGAUUUCCUUAACAACGCCAAUCCACCGACAACCCUGUCGGACCAGCAACUGACACCCCAGUUUAUCAUCUUCAGAGCGCCCUCUAGGAGAAGGAGACGUCUAGCCGUGGUGUUGGAUUCUCCACAGGAAGUUCACAGAAGACUGCGACUACAUCAGGCAGUAGAUCAUUUCCUUCGUGAGGGGUUUGAUGCAGACACUAGAGUAGCCGUCAUUCAUAAUGGCGCCGACAGAAUAGACUCCGGAAGGAUGAGAAGCAGAAGGUCCACUGUCAUCAAGGCUAUUCUAGAAAACAUCAACCAGAAUUACACUUCCUCCUCAACGAUCCAGUCUCGGAUACAAAGUGGGGUUGAGAUACUACGGAAGGGCAACUUAACAAAACCUGGCUUAGAAUUGCACCUGGUUGUGUUCAAUUGCGCCAACCAGUCUAAUAUGGAAGAAGAUCUACAGAAUUUAUCGGACCUCGAUAUAACACCUCACGUCAUUCAUUGUGGAGGGGAUGGAACAAAACAAACGGAGGAUAUUGUAACACAACAAGGUGGUCUUGUUGAAUCCAAAGACCAUCGCUCCAUAUUCUACGCAGUUCAACGUUUGUCAGACAAACUACACGAUGAAAAAGAGCAGAGUAUACAGAUUUUGAAUGAAAACCUAGAAAUUGGAGAAACGACGUACAAAGGGGAGUUUACUCUGGACGAAACUCUUCAUGGAGAGCUGGUCUUGCGGAUACACUACAACUCGUCCCCACCAUCUGUCCGUGUUUUUUCACCGAAUGAGUCAGAAUAUGGCCUACAAACAAUCGACACGAAACUGAGAUACAUUAGGUUUACCAUCCCCAUUUCAGAGAAGGAGCACGGGAAGUGGUCUCUCUCCAUUUCAAACAACUCACCACAGAAAGAGAACAUGCACGUGAUAGUCGUCAUCAGACCCCGAUCACGUGAGGACGAGGCUGCUAUUCGAACACAGGCUUGGGUGAAGAUGUUCAAUGAGUACUCUCCACCUCGUGUAGGCCUGUACGCCGAGGUCAUGUAUGGGGGACAUCCUGUGGUAAACGCACACGUUACUGCGCAUGUGUACCAAAAUAAUAGAAAUGUAGCUGCCAUUACUCUCAGGGAUACGGGUGGCGGCCUUGAUAUAAUGAAAGAGGACGGAAUUUAUUCAAAUUCUUUCACUGAAAUGGAAUCUCAUGGUAACCAUUACGUGGAGAUUGUAAUAGAAGAUAUCUAUAACAAAACCGAGAUUCAUAGAACCCAUGAAAUUCAAAUACCUCCAGAAAAAGGUUUCUUCCCAGACGACCAUGACAUGCUUCACGCACCGAGACUAAAACAUAUUACCGAGAAGAUAAAAUUGAAACAUGGUCUGAAAAGGUCAACGUCCACAGAGCACUUUGAAAUUGAUCCCCGAUGGGACUUAAAGCCAGAAAUUGACCAUUAUCCACCGGCCAGAAUCAUCGACUUACAUGUUGGUAACGUUUCUCGAAAAAACAGAACAGUGUUCCUGUCGUGGACAGCCACCGGUGAAAAUCUGGACACUGGAAGAGCAAAUUCUUAUGAAAUUCGGUACCAUACCAAUGGAACGAAGCUGUUACUUUCACCUAAAGACGCGUGGCAGGUGACGAAGGAAAAUGUGGUAAGAGGAAAGUUGGACAGACCUAAGGAAGCAGGUCAAAUCGAACACGUCGCAAUUCAGUUUCCACACACCAUGAAGUGGACAGCCAUCAUGUUACGGUCUGUAGAUCAACACAACAGUGCUGGAGAGUUCUCCAAUAUGGUGACAGCAUUAUUUGAGCUGUGAUUUAUUGUGCAAAAAAAGAAAUUCAACGGGAUUGAUGGCAAAUGUUAAACUUUUAUGAAACUUGGACUGCCAUUACAGAACUUCGAUCCUUGUAGUUUUUAUAAACUGUGUUUGAGAAUGAGAGCCCGGUUGAUUGGAAAUACAGCCCUCUUGCUGUCCAAGUCUGAAUUUUGGAAAUUGAUUUUAAGAAAGAAGUUGGUAAACAUUG